GCUAUAUAAAGAGGGGUGACCUGAAAACCCCCACCACAACAGUUUGAGCAUCCUGUUGCCACGAUGCAGAGUCUGCACAAGUUCCUGCUGUUUAAUGUUCUGGCUUGUCUCGGACGAAACCUAUCUGGGAGUGGAAUUAUAGGUGGAGGAAAAGCCCCGGCGGACUCGAUGCUGUAUAUGGCCUCGAUACAGAGCAACAAUAAACAUGUGUGUGGAGGAUUCCGCAUCAGUAAAGACAUUGUGGUCACCGCUGCACGCUGUGAUGAAUUUCUCAGGCAUCUGGAAAAAGCUAAAGUUGUUCUGAGCACCCACAGACUUCGUAGCGCUAUGAAAACAGUGAAAUACAUCAAGAAGAAGUGCAAACACCCCUCUUAUGAGAAUUAUACAAAAGGAAAUGACAUCAUGCUCCUACAAGUGGGGGGGGAUGAGGGAAUGAAUGUUGAUGUAAAAACAAUUGCAUUGACUGAUAUUAAGGUAGAAGAAAACAAAAACUGCUCUGUAGCUGGAUGGGGUUGCACUACACCUGGUGGUGACACUGUAGAUGAUCUGAAAGUGGCCAAUGUGUCCAUCAUUAACCUGCAAGACUGUAAGAAGAAAUGGCCUGGUCUUUCUGCAGAUGUUAUCUGUGCAGGUGGAAAUAGCACAAAGCGAACUCUUUGUAAGAGGGAUUUUGGUGGUCCACUGGUGUGUGACGGGAAGGCUGUGGGUGUGGCGUCUUAUAACGAAUGUGGCAACUGCAUCAACACAAAUGAACCCAGCAUCUAUACGAACAUCUCAAAGCUCCUCCCAUGGAUCAACAAAGUUGUCAUGACAAAUGACUGGACAGAUUAUGUAAAUGAGACCAUGGCAGCCAUCACUGUACUACUGCUCCUCUUUGUCCUCAGUGGAGCUGAUGGGACUUAUAUUGUCGGAGGCAGAGAUGCUGCCCCGCAAUCACGGCCCUACAUGGCCUCGCUGCAAAUCCGAGGUCGCCACAUCUGUGGGGGAGCCCUGGUGAGGCAGAACUUUGUGCUCACGGCAGCACAUUGUGAGCUACGCACACCAUACACAGUUGUGCUUGGAGCUAAUUCCCUGACUGCCAAUGAGUCCACCCAGCAGCAGUUCACUGCAAUCAGAGCCAUUCCAAACCCCAACUAUGACGGACAUGCAAAUGAUAUCAUGCUCCUACAGCUCAACGGUAGCGCACAGCUGACUGAGGCAGUGCAGGUGAUCCCUCUGAAGACAGGCAGACUGAGGACUUCCAGUCAGUGCAUCACAGCUGGCUGGGGGGAUGUAGGUGAUAAUGGCACCUUACCAAUCAGGCUUCAGGAGGUCAACGUAACCACCCUGCCACAGCGGACAUGUCGUAAGCGAUGGAGAAGCGUUCCAAUCCCCAGGACUAUGGUUUGUGGAGUCGGGGCCCGCGUCUUUCAAGGCUUCUGCUCGGGGGAUUCAGGUGGUCCGUUGGUAUGUGAUGGAGCUGCAGCAGGCGUCGUCUCCUUCUCUGGGCGGCGAUGCGGAGACCCCAGAACCCCUGAUGUCUACACACGUGUAUCAUCCUUCAGGGAAUGGAUUACAAAUGUGGUGAACAACAAUUAGGCAAAUCAGAUUGAAUGGUAUUGUGUCAAUAUGCUUAAUUGGGAUGUACUUUUCAAGGAAAGCCUCUUCAUGACAUACAACACUUGGUGUUAUGUUGUUUGAUAUCUGCUUAACAAUGCAGUGCUGCGGCUGUUAAGAUGAGGUGAUGAAUUAUGUUUCAGGGCUCAUAGGUAAGGCAAAAAAAUCUUUUAAUUCUGCACCUUUAAAAGUCGGCUUAGCUGAAAGUAAUAAUAAAAUUAAAAUGAAAAACUAAGAGAAGUUCCCAUGCAAUCUUUAUUGUUAUUUGUUUGUAUCAAAAAAUGUUUCCAACAGUGACACCACCAUAAAAUCAUGAAUUUUGGAGAAAGUUUUAGAAAUAAAAAAGGAGUAACCACUGUAACAUUUUCA